AUGGCAGCUAUCGUGCGAGUCCUGUCCCACGCGGUGAAUAAACCGUAUCGCACCAAAGACCUUCGACAUGAAAGUCCGCCUUACCUCAACGAUGAUGGCUAUGUCGACUUUGCCCCUGGGGACAUCGAGAACCCCCGCAACUGGUCGAUGCGCCGCCGCAUCGCGAUCACUGUGAGCGCUGUGCUGCUGGUUGUGAAUGCGACAUUUGCUUCAAGUUCCCCCAGUGGAUGUUUCGGGUCCAUAUCUGAAGAAUUUGGGAUCUCGACAGAGGUGGCAGGUCUGACCAUCACGGUAUUCUUGCUUGGUUAUUGCGCCGGUCCUCUGGUGUUCGCACCCCUGAGCGAAUUUUUUGGCCGUCGAUGGAUCUUCUAUAUCUCUUUCUUGCUUUAUCUGGCCUUCAACUUCCUUUGCGCUUUCGCGCCAAAUCUCGGUGCACUGCUAGUGGGACGAUUUUUAACAGGCACAUUUGUUUCCGCUCCUUUAAGUAACAGCCCCGGAGUUCUUGCCGAUCUAUGGGACCCACUCCAGCGCUCCAAUGCGAUGGCUGGAUUCUCCGCGAUGGUCUAUAUGGGGCCCGCUCUCGGACCCGUCGUUGCAGGCUUCCUUGAAUUGAAGGAAGAUUGGCGUUGGAGCUUCUACGUGCUUCUUUGGCUAGGCGGUGCGACGGCAAUUGUCAUGCUAACCAUACCCGAAACGUACGCUCCUAUAAUAUUGUAUCACAAGGCGAAACGGAUUCGGAAGGCAAAGAUCCCAGGCUACGAGAAUGUCCAGGCUGCGGUCGAGGCCAGCGACCGAACACUUGUUAGCAUCUACAAGGUAGCGCUGAUACGGCCGUGGAUCAUCCUGUUCGACACAAUCUCUCUGCUCUGCGCUAUCUACAUGGCAGUUGUCUACACCUUGCUCUAUAUGCUGUUUACCAUCUAUCCAAUUGUUUUCCAGGAGAAGCGUGGUUGGAACUCGGGCGUGGGAGAGUUGCCUUUGAUUGGCACUGUUGUCGGCGCUUUGCUUGGUGGCGUUAUCGUGCUGGUGGACACGCAUCUCCGCCAGAAAAAGAUUGAAAGAGGCGAGAAGAAAAUCGAAGAUUUCGUCCCCGAAGACCGGCUACCAUUGGCUAUGAUUGGUGGUAUUGGCUUCUCUGCUACCAUGUUCUGGUUCGCAUGGUCUGCCGAAUACAACAAUGUCCAUUGGAUAGUCCCCACACUCGCCGGUUGCUUCCUCUCGAGUAUGCUUCUUCUCAUUUUUGUUGCUUAUUUGAAUUAUCUCGUGGAUGUCUAUUUGAUGUAUGCUGCCUCUGCGAUUGCUGCGAACACCAUCGCCAGGUCAGCCUGUGGUGCGGCUGCACCGCUAUUCACGAACCAGAUGUUCCAUGCGCUAGGCGUGGGAGGAGGUGGAAGUCUAAUUGGCGGCGUGGCUGCCGUACUGGCAAUUAUUCCGUUCCUGUUCUACAGGUUUGGGAAGCAGAUUCGGGUCCGGAGCAAGUUUGCACCCAUAAAGCCUGCGCAAAAGAAAAAGGACGAAGAAACUGGGUCCCAGAGAGGAGCCGAAUCAAAGUUCUGA